UUUCGUGAAGACACCAGUCACAUCCACAAUAAUAGUAAAAAUCAUCUGUUAGUAGAAAUCAGUUAAAACAACAACAACAACAAUUAAGCAACUUUGCCGAUUGUCAGCUUUCCGAGACUUAAUACAGCGUCUUGUCUUGGGUGAAGGAGCACUUGGGUGACUGACCCACCUCGUCCUGAAGCGCACGGGCGCGCCUGAGGCGGUGGGCCUGGAGACUUAAAGCAAUAAAAACUUUAUACAGAACCUGCGGGAAUACCUGACAGUCCACAAAGAACCGGGACCGUUGGGUUAGCUGUGGAUAACUUGAACUUGAAAGCUGUUGUACUGAACCAUGGCUAGAGAAAAUGGAAGUUCGCUGCAUGAUGGUGGCAGAAUGGAAAGCCCUAAUGGAGCUGCUCUGCUUGCAUUGAUGGAGAAGACAGGUUAUAGCAUGGUCCAGGAAAAUGGGCAGAGGAAAUUUGGGGGUCCACCACCAGGCUGGGAAGGCCCCCCACCACCUCGCGGCUGUGAGGUUUUUGUAGGGAAGAUACCACGUGAUGUAUAUGAAGACGAACUUGUUCCCGUGUUUGAGAGAGCCGGCAGGAUUUAUGAGUUUAGGCUAAUGAUGGAGUUCAGUGGGGAAAACAGGGGCUAUGCUUUCGUCAUGUAUACCACCAGAGAGGCUGCCCAGCGAGCCAUCACCUUGUUGGACAACUUUGAGAUUCGCCCAGGAAAGUUUAUUGGUGUCUGUGUCAGCCUGGAUAACUGCAGACUAUUCAUUGGUUCCAUCCCAAAGGACAGGAAGAAGGAAGAGAUUAUGGAAGAAAUGAAGAAGGUGACAGAAGGAGUUGUGGAUGUCAUUGUCUACCCAAAUCCAAGUGACAAGAACAAGAAUCGAGGGUUUGCGUUUGUGGAAUAUGAGUCACAUAAAGCAGCUGCAAUGGCCAGGAGGAAACUUAUUCCAGGCACAUUUCAGCUUUGGGGAAAUACUAUCCAGGUAGACUGGGCAGAACCAGAAAAGGAUGUUGAUGAAGAGACUAUGCAGCGGGUGAAAGUGCUUUAUGUACGAAACCUGAUGAUAUCCACGACUGAGGAGACCAUAAAAAAUGAAUUUAGCAAAUUCAAAUCUGGUGCAGUGGAGCGAGUGAAGAAGCUCACGGAUUAUGCAUUUGUGCACUUCUACAGUCGUGAGGACGCUGUAGCUGCCAUGCAUAUAAUGAAUGGGAAGAACAUCGAUGGAGCAAACAUUGAAGUGACUUUGGCCAAACCAGUUAAUAAAGAGAAUAGUCGAAGGCAGAGUCUCAAGGGUCAGGGCCCCAUAUAUGCUGAGGGUUUCCUACUACAAAAUAAAGAUGAUGGGAACAUCACUUCCCCCUCCAGACCGCUGAGCUUGCCUGCUAGGUUAAAUAGCCAGCAGAGCCCCUCCUUCACUGGGACAGAGAGAUGCAUGUAUCCCCUUUACCCAGGAUCUAAUCUUACAGAGAUAAGCAGCUUCUCCUUAAAGCCAAACCAUUUCAUCUCUGCAGUGACACGUCUGGAUUACUUCUGUAACAAGAACAAUUGGGCUCUACCAGAAUAUUAUUUGUACUCCACAACAGGUCAGGAUGGAAAACUUCUGUUGAUCUAUAAAGUGGUCAUCUCUACAACUCACAGGAGUUUCAUGCCAGACAAGCUUUGUACCAUCCUGGAAGAUGCCAAAGAACUGGCUGCACAGAAUGCGCUGUGGAAUUUAGAUUCCACAUGUCAUGGUCUGGCAUGUCCUAGCCUGUCUCCUCCAGUUGCAACCUCAGGCAGUGGUCUGCUUUCUUAUGUAUGCAGGACCUUCCCUUGCCCAAGCUACCCAGUCUCUCCACCCUUCCCUCUACUCAAUGACAGCCAUGGUGGACAAAGAGUUUAUCUCUCUAAUCAGUCUCCGUUCUUUUAAACCACAUUAAGCAGCAGUGGCUGCAAUGUAGGCGUUAUGUGUUACUAUCUUAUUGUCACAUCCUAGCAUAUCGUUUAAAACAUUUAAGUAACUCCCUUGCCUAAAGACUUUUAAUAACUGAUACUAACACUUAGCAGUAGUGAGGUACUAGUAAAUUUAGCACAAUACAUUGUGUAUAAAAUAAGUCUAAGACACUUUCAUUAAGUGUAUAAUGAUUUGUUUUAAAAUCAGCUGUAUUUUGUUAUAUCUGUAAGGGGCAUUGACUUGUUCAGUGUUCAUGUAAUCUGUAUAUGAUUAUCAAGCUUAACCCUAAAUUUUCCCUUGUUAAUCCCUUUAGCAUUACUUAAGAUGCUUACACUAAUUGAUUAUAUAUAUAUAUUACAUGGUCUCUCAAUUCAUGUUUGAUUAAUUUGCAAUAUAAAUCCUAUGGCGAAGUUUCCAGCUGAUAUUUUUCAAUGAUACAAAUACAUAAAACUUCAUCUGAAUACCUUGGAAGUCUUAAGAUGCCAAAAACUGUUAUUCAUCUCUACAGUUGUUUGUAUUAUUUAACUUCAAACUGGAAUAGAAGUUAAAUGGGAGACAAAUUAUGCCCACACUAAGAAAAUAAUAGCACAUUUUUGUAAUACCAUUUUCAUAACUGAAUGAUUCUGAACAGUUUUAUUUAAUUUAUCUGACUACUAAAUUGAAGGUCAGCGCUAUUAGUGUUACGUUCAUUUGGCACAGACAGUACACUGUUCAAAAUAAUUUUAUCGGUAAAAUUGAAGAAGUUUGUUUAUGAGACAUUACAGCAACAAUAACCUAUAGUUUCGAGUGGAUUGGAAAUUGAAGGAUAUGUAAUAUGACCUUUUUUUCACCAGAGAAAUAGUCUGAGCUUCAGCAACUGAUGAUAUAGUUCACCAACCUUCAAGUGUUUAGUACAUUAGUAUUCUUUUGUGUUUGCAAAUUUGCUUUGGAAUUUCAUAAUCUUUUUAAUGAUUCUAGUUCUUAUAUCUGUCAUAAACUACAUUUCUAAAUGCUAACAAAAUAUAAAGAUAUAAGAUAUUUUUGUUCUUGAAGUUGCAGUACAUAGUUAAAACUAUUUUGUAAACUUUUUUUUAGAACAGGUGUUCUGCAUUUGGUAUUCUAAUGUUGUUUAUUUGCAGUGUUAAGAGUCAACUCUAACAGCAUACACCAUUGUUUUACAAGAAAAUACAUUCCAUUUAUAGUUUUAAAGUUUAUUAAACUUUUUACCAUUGUGGUAGUUUCAAACUAUAGUUUAUUUGAUGGUAAAGUAGCAUGAUAAAUGCUUGUUUUUGCAGUUGGAGUGCUAUUUGGGGAUUUUAAAAGAUAUAAGUGAAUAACAAAUACAGAUUAUCAAGAAAAAUUAGACCUUAUAGUUAGCUUAUAGCUUAACUAGUGAAAACAGCAUUGAACUGUACUGUACCUCUAAUACUUGCAAUUUUAGUUUCAGUUUUAAAUUUGUAUAGUUCUUGUUCUGUGCUAUUACUGUUCUUGUGUUACACAUUUCAGUAGUUUUAUUUGUCUGCUAAAAGACACAAAAUGUGAAAAAGGUCAUUUAAUGUAAUUUAAAUCUUUAUUGUGUCACAUUCAUUUGUUUAUAUUUUUGGGCUGUGGUGCAUUUAAUGUUCUGUAAGGAUGUUUAUCAAUGUCCUUAAGUGUUAG